GCUUAAUAAAAGCAAACACCGACUCCUCAGCAACUUCUGAAUGAAGAGAAUUUAAGGAAACAAGAGGAGUCUGUGCAGAAGCAGGAGGCCAUGCGUCGAGCCACUGUGGAGCGAGAGAUGGAGUUGCGGCAUAAGAAUGAGAUGUUGCGGGUAGAAGCUGAGGCCCGAGCACGGGCCAAGGCUGAUCGAGAGAAUGCAGACAUAAUCCGAGAACAGAUUCGCCUCAAGGCUGCUGAACACCGCCAGACCAUCUUGGAGUCUAUCAAGACAGCUGGCACCUUGUUUGGUGAAGGAUUCCGUGCCUUUGUGACAGACUGGGACAAAGUGACAGCCACGGUGACUGGAUUGACACUGCUGGCUGUUGGAGUCUACUCUGCUAAGAAUGCUACUGCUGUUGCUGGUCGGUAUAUUGAGGCACGCUUGGGAAAGCCCUGCCUGGUGAGGGAGACCUCCCGCAUCUCAGUGCUGGAGGCACUGAGGCAUCCCAUCCAGGUCAGCAGACGACUGGUCAGCAGACCCCAGGACGCACUGGAGGGUGUCAUCCUCAGCCCUAGCCUGGAGGCACGGGUACGAGAUAUUGCCAUCGCAACAAGAAUUACCAAGAAGAACAAAAGCCUGUAUAGAAAUGUUCUAAUGUAUGGACCACCAGGGACUGGCAAGAUACUGUUUGCCAAGAAACUUGCACUGCAUUCAGGCAUGGACUACGCCAUCAUGACAGGUGGGGACGUGGCCCCCAUGGGGCGGGAGGGUGUGACCGCCAUGCACAAAGUCUUCGACUGGGCAGCACGACGAGGCCUCCUGCUCUUUGUGGAGGAAGCAGAUGCCUUCCUCAGGAAGAGAGCAACUGAAAAGGUAAGUGAAGACCUCGGGGCCACUCUGAAUGCAUUCCUACACAGGACAGGACAGCAUAGCAGUAAAUUCAUGCUGGCCCUGGCCAGUAACCAACCUGAGCAGUUUGACUGGGCCAUCAAUGACCGUAUUGACGAGAUGGUCUGCUUUGCCCUGCCACAGCGGGAGGAGUGAGAGCGCCUGGUGAGAAUGUAUUUUGACAAGUAUGUCCUUAAGCCAGCCACAGAAGGAAAGCAACGCUUGAAGGUGGCCCAGUUUGACUAUGGAAAGAAGUGCUCAGAGGUUGCCCAGCUGACGGAGGGGAUGUCAGGCCGGGAGAUUGCUCAGCUUGCUGUGGCAUGGCAGGCCAUGGCAUAUGCCUCUGAGGAUGGGGUCCUCACAGAGGCCAUGAUGGACGCCGGUGUCCAGGAUGCUGUUCAGCAGCACCAGCAGAAGAUGCAGUGGCUUAAAGUAGAGAGACCCAAUCUUGAGACAAGCAAGCCACCGUGUCCUUGACUCCUCAACUGCUGAGCUGGACCUGGACACCUUGUACACCUGACCGGGGACAGACAGUCUCUGUGACCACACUAUUCCUCCCUUUUUUUUCCUGUCUUCUUUGGCCUCUGUAAGAGGCCAACACUGUCCGGAACGCCUUUGCCCAGCUGUGGGAUGCUGGUGGUGUCAGCUUCUCUGGCUCCCGCACCUCCUAGUCUGUUUCUCUCUGCGUGAGUGCUGGCAGAGGAAGGUACACUGCCUUACUGCGCCCAAGUACACUGGUGAGACUUGUCUACAAGCGCAGAUCAGAGAAGAGAGGAAGCAGAGUGCUGUAUCACAGGCCAGUAGCUAUGGCCAGGCCAGCAGGACUGGGACCUGCAGGGACCAGACCAAAGGCAGGAAGGGCCUCUCCUUCCUGGACAUUGCACCUGCCCUGUGUACAUCUGUGCCAAGAAUUGGCCCAGUCCUUACUUGAUAAGAGUGGAUCUGGUGCUAGACAGCCCCUGGCCGGUGGCAUCCAGGAUUCAGAGCUGCCACCUUCCCCUUGACUGGACCUUUUAAAUCCAGAA